GGAGACGGCCAUGUUUGAUGAGUGAUGUGCUUGGGUUUGCAACUGUAGUCGCCUUCUGAUUCAAUCGUUUAUCAUUAAUUUCGUUUGAUCAGGUGUAUUACGCAGUUUUCCUAUGUGUGAAGUGCCGCUGGUGUGAUGGAUUAGUGGCUGCACAGAGCAGGGAGACCCUUGGAAGAAGCUCCGGGAGCUUCGCCGCGCCGCAAAUUGUGGUGCCAUGUGGGUGGACCGGCGACGUGCGCGCUGCCCAGGCAGCACCGUGACGUUGCUGCUCCAGCGUGAGCUAGGUUAUAAGCCGCGCCAGCCGACGCAUGCAUUGGCCUUUGACUGUGUCGGUGAGGACAGGGCUGCCCACUAUGAGCUGGAGGAGACGGCAUGCAAGCUACCGCAAUCUGUUCGCUCAACGUUCCUAAUGGCAUUCAGCCCCGACUGCACCAAGGUGGCCUCGACGCACGGGGACCACCGCAUCCAUGUGUGCGAGGUGGCUACGGGCAAGCUGGCGCACACCCUGGAGGGCCACCCACGCACCCCCUGGUGCCUGGCCUUCCAUCCGAGCUCGAACCACAUCUUGGCCUCGGGCUGCCUGGCGGGACAGGUGCGCGUCUGGGACCUGCGGGUGAGUGGACACUGCUCGUCCGCCGCUUCUUUGGCCAGUCACUCUCAGGGUGGCAGUGAAGUGUGGAGUUCUCGGGAGGGCACGGUGAUCUCAUCACUGGCGUUCCACCCACUGGAGCCCCUGCUGGCCAUUGCCACAGCCAAUCGGGUGGUGCUCUGGGACUGGCGUAAGGGUCAGGCACUGGCCACCUGCAAGACGGGCUCCGAGCGCGAGAAGGUGCGAUUCGUGCAGUUCUGUUCGCCCCGGGGUGAUUCGCUGGUGACGGGCAUCACCAACGUGGACCCAGGUGCCCCAGGGGGCAGUGGGCCUCGUGUUUUGGACCCCCUGCUGGGGCCACAGGUGGGGGCGCUGCGUGUGCCUGCUGCGGCGGUGGACACCGGGUCAAGCCAGCGGCGCAGCAUCCUCACUCGGCUCAUGUCCAUGUACCAACGCCUGGAAGGGCUUGAAGAGGGUAAUCUGCACGGCGCCGAGGAUGGCUCGUCGGCCGAUGAAGAUGCUGGUCCAAGCGGCAGACCGGCGUCUGCUUCGGUGGCGACGGGCCCCAAUAGCCGCCAUUUCUGGGCAACAUUUUACCGGCUGCGCUCAAUCUGCUCGCGACUGGAACGCCGCAUGCGACUACACGCGUCCCCCAUGUGGGCGCCACCCCAUGCUCCAACGGCUACGAGGAGUGGCUCUUCACGAACGGCAACGCUGGGAUCCACGAGUGCAGCCGAUGCGGCAGCUGCAAGCCGUCGUGCAGCCAGAAUGUCGCCUGCUGGUCCUUCAGUCUCCUCUGCUGGUCCUUCGUCAACGGCCUCAUCUUCGUCUAAUCGUGGAGCGGCCUCGUCAUCGACACACCCGGACGUGUCGCUGUCCCUGGUGUCGCUGCUCGCACGCCUUCAGAUGUCCCUGCAAAGCCUGAGCAGUGCCGCUCUCACCACGGCCGUCGCUCGUGAGCAGAUCCAUCAGGUACGGCGGCGCAUCACGGAGAUCUUGGAGCGCUUGGCUAAUGUGAGUGGCUACCGGGCUCGUCUGACCAGCCUUCGGGAGCAAAUCUACGAAGCGGCUGCUGCGGCUGGUCCCUGGUCUGGCCAGCCGGGCAUGGGCUCGGCAUGGGAGGCGGAGGUGGCUGACCACCAGCUGCGGGCAUCCAUAGCUGCCGAGCGUCGCAGGGGAGGUGGUAUCGAGGAUGACGCCUCCCCCAGCCAGCACUGGGACCUGGCGUACUGUCUCUGGCUUGUCGAGAUGAGCCUGCAGCUGACACGCCAAAUGCAGCGGAUACUGGCUGCUGACUACCGGCUCGCCCAGCUCCACCUCAAUGCCACGUCCACAUCGUCGGGCCCCAAUGCCUCAGCGAGCCCUCCCCCCUUGUCCCCGCCUCCGACCUCAUCUUCGUCCAUGGCCUAUGGCGGCCACAGCUACCACCGUGGUCACACGCACUCUACCACUGGUGGGGAUUCUGGCUUGCCGUCUGCAGCUGCCAGCGCUGCAUCAACGUCAAGCAGACCAGGGGGCCUUGCUUCUACACCUCCACCGUCUCACCGACCGAUGGAGUGCCCGAGGCUGAGGCGGCAUCACCACCACCCCCAACACAGGCGCGUCCAUGCCGCCCCGAUGGUGGGUGGCAGCAGUGGCAGUGCACUGGCUUCGCCAUCUUUGUCGUCGGACUCGCUUGACUCCUCAGACGAAGAAAACCUUGACUUUGGACACAUGGAAGUAGACGCAGUUGGCAGUGGAUCACUUUCGUCUGCAUCAUUGUCGUCCAGGAGACGGAGCAGGAUGUUAAGGCGGAACCGCUUCUGGCCAGCCUCGCCCCCUCCGAUUGUGCCAGAAGAGGAUCCGUCUCUUCCAGAGGUGCACGUGUCGCCACCAUCGUCACCGCCACCUGUGCGUCCCACAGCCCCCGUGCCUCCGAGGCCACGGUCUCCACCACUGCCGGUGAUUUUGUCGGGGGGUCCCUCUGCUCGGGUGCCCCCCCUGGAUUCCCUCUGGCUGGGUCCCCCUCCCUCGGCAGCAUACUUUUCGCUCCUCUACGAGGGAGGCUUCCGACCACGGCUCAGUGUGUAUGAGACUGGCCCAAACCUGACCCACCGAAUCCAGUGCUGGGAUAUGACUGGCUCUGAGCUGCCAGACAUUGGUGACGCCAAGGCAUGCCUGGUAGCACCGCGGUGCAAGAUCCACAACGAUGCGAGUGUGGCCCUGGGCGGUGGUCUGCUGGCGGCCCUGGUGCCCUGUGGCCUGCUGGGGGCUUCGCUGUGCGUGUACUCCCUGCGGCCACGAGGCACCCUCCUCCACACUUGGAGCUUUGGGGCCAAUGCCAUCUCGGUCAGCCUGUCACCGCUCGCCCGGUACCUGGUCGUUGGGUUCGCUGCCACUCGGGGUUACUUUACCCAGGACAGGGAGGUGGUGGCCCAAAUCUUCAAGCUGACUCCACCGGAUGCUGAAGGCUCAUCCUCCUCAUCAUCGUCUUGUGGCCAGCUUCAGCAGGUGGGAAACCUGAGCCAGCCAGGCGGGACUGCUGGCCAGCCUCCGGUCAGCCUCAACUCGGUGCGCUGGCUGCCUCGGCCAGGUGAAGGGCUCAUCUACGGCACAAACCGUGGAUCCCUCUGCAUCUGCCGCCCAGUCAAGCCCAUCUCCAAGGAGGGUGGCAGCAGUGGGGCAUCGUCCCGCUUCCGGUCCAACACGAGAUGCCACCAGCCCCUUUGUGAUGCUCACUGACCAGGUGGACAGGACUGCCAGGAACACCACCAUCCAGGUACUGUCAACUGCCUCGCAGACGGUGUUGCCACAGACGCAGACGACGGGGACACAGACGAUGCUGCGUGGUCCUGGACUCUUUACCGACCAGUCCAUCGACGGCACCAUCACCUCGACUGGCUCGUCGUCUUCGCCGUCGGCAUCCUCCGACAGCGACCCCGUGCCGGGCCCCAGUGGCUCGGGCCUAGACGCGGCAAGCAGCAGCAGCGCCUCCACUCGUUGGUACUCGUCGUGCUAGCGCUGGGAACGUUACAGAAAUGCUUGCAACCUUUGAUCUCAUUUGGUUGAUUUUCCACUAUGUCCGUGCAUUCAUGUGUGGAGCAACCUUUAUCCUUUUUUUUUCCCUUCUACCGCUGGCCCCUCUCCAUAUUGGUGGCAGUCUUUCAGUGAUCGAGUCGGUAACAAACCAGGAGUAGGUGACACGCACGUCUUAUUUUUGAGCAAUUAAAGUAAGCUUUUUUUUUUCAUUGCAGAGAAGUAUAGUCUGCCAGUGGACCCCAAGUUAGCGCUUUCAGUGAUUGCUUAUUUGCUGAGUUGUGAUGAACAGAGUGUAUUUUUCUAACAGUGUUGUUUUCAAAGGAGCAGGAUGAAGGUGUAAGUAUAUGUUUGUUAAAGCAUGCAUUGGCUGCUUUGUCGUCAAUGCUGCUGAGCAGAUGAAGCAGAGUUUACGUAUGUUAUCGAUUUGCUACACUUCAGCAUGUUCCUGGUGAUGUACUUGCAGCAAGCAUCUGUGGUCUGCUGCUGCCGGCAAGGUCGGCAACAGCAUUCCAACAAUCUGUCGAAAAGUCGAUGUUGCUUAGUGAAAUUACAGAAAGCAUAAUAGUACACAUAGGGCACUGACAUAGAACUAUCUUCUGCUGUUCUCGUGAUGGAGCAGAUACAAGAAUACCUCGUGAACUCGAAGCAGUGAAAACCAGAAAAGAUUUUUAGAUAGACGGCGGAUUUUUUAGAGAAGGAAGGAUGGGAAAAUUGCUAUGAAAGGUAGAGUUCUCCAUAAAAAUUUACUGCUGCUGACCAGCUUUCAAACGAGAGCUUCUAAGCUGGCUCUCUAUAGAGGUCUCAAGGAAAAAGUUUCGAACGUACCAGAUAUAUCAAACACCUCCAUUUUGUAGCACUGUUGUUUUAUUAAACGCACAAAAAAAAAACUGCGGAAGACUUGCCUGCUACACUAAUCCCAUUAGCCAGUCACCCUGUCGCAGCGCCUAGUAUUGUUUUGCAGCAAGGGAAGCAUGUUUCUUGUUUAGGCUUAGUCGGCACCGCUUAAGGGCAGCUGUAGAGUGACUACGUCGACACUGCCGCUUUCACUGUGGGCAGGCUUCGAAAUCGCGUUGUUUUGCUAAGCUAGCCAUUGCUGCAGCUGAAAUCAGUGUUGCCCAUUUGCAUGACCAAGGCAUCCGCCCUUUCUUUCACCAGUGUUGUAGUGAUUGGAAAGUUGGCUGCUCUCACAUUUUGCAGCCACGCCAUGAGCAGUGCUUCGACACCUGGAAACUCUGAGCUUCGAACCCACUUUUGCUGGCAGGAGACUUGUAUAUUUACCAUUGUUGAAAGCUUAGACUGGGGGAAAGCCAAAUUCUUGGACAAAGCUCAAUUUCAUCUGGCCUCCUUUCCCCACUUCUUCGAUUAGAGCUACCUUUCUCUCCAGUGUCAGUCACUUACACUUAUUUAUUUGUUCAUUACUUUACAUUAUCCCCAGUGCCUGGAAAGGUGUUACCCCAGAGGGGGUUAGUAGAGUUAGCAAAAAUACAACUAACGAAAAUAUGGUACAGUAUAACCUCGUUACAACGGAUCUCUUUACAACAGACAUUCGGAUAUUACAUACCAAUUUGCGGCAUUAUGCCGACCUCCGUAUUCCAUUAAUUGAGCUUCGUUUACAACUGGAUUCUGGUACAACGGACAUUUGUAUAUAAUUGACUAAAAUGUCAGGCUAGCAAGGUGGCCAGGACUCCAUUAGAGCGGACUUUUCUACCGCGGACAUACCAAAUUCAAUAACUUCCAACUUCAAACAUCGCUUAGCAUACUUUCGGGACGGGAACAGCGCACCGCGGAUAUCGACGUAUUGAUUUGAGAACGAAGGCCGCCGAUCUCCGGUCUGUCAAUGAUCAGCUAUGCCUAGAUGUAGCGACAAAACAUCGGCGCGCAGCAUGCUUGGUGUUGCAUUUUGGGACGCUAACGCGCGAAAUUGCUGGCCGCUGCCACCACUUCUCCGAGUGGUUGCUGCUCGCAAGCUUGGUCGGGGUGUCCGCUGCCGAUGCGCAAAAUGCCCAUCCGCUUGUUCUGAGGAGCCAGCGGUCGAUGCGAUUCGUUGCUUGCGACGAAGGACAUUGCGGUUUCUUCGCUUUCGCAUGUCCGCUACCGCGAUGUUCUUGCCCGCAAAGUUCGGAUUUGCCUCGUACAUCUGCACCGUGAGCGGAGUUAGGCCUGCCACGACAUCGAGUAGAAAACUCGGUUGCGAUGUGCGUGGCCGCGGUGCCCGAUGUUUCAAAGUACAUCCUGCUGGAUUGUGAGUACAAAAAGUUGUCCCACGGUGGUCUUCGUCAUAAGCUCCGAAGUGCUGAUAAGAAGGACCUCUAACAGCAGGUCCAACGAGUCAACGCUAUUACAGUCGCACGUCUGUGAUGUUCGUAACGAGUGCGGCGCGCUUUCGUAAUCUGAUGAUUGAGCUUCCGCUUGCAGCUGCCAAACUAAAGCGUUCUAAAUUAUCGUUGAUCCACGAAUACAGAAUGAGUGCGAACACGUCACUACAAAGUAGUGCAAUUUUCGACAGCCACGGCCUCGCGACGCACAAGCAGCAGACGACGAUCCCGAAGCGAGCAUCACGGCAGAAGCAGCCAACCAGAGGCCUUGAAUUGAACUUGAAACAUUUGCUUUUUGUACGCUUUUUACUGAAUUUAGGAGCUAGCUGAAACAGAGGACUUGAACACGGAGAAAUGCUCUUUACGGCGAGCCCAAAAUGGUGGCGCCCGGUUGCGCCAUUGCCGAGCUAUAAUUUUGAAAAACGCUUUUUUUUUCAUGCUAUUUCCGCAAUUUUCGCCAAGUCGACAGACGCCAAAAUAAAAUUUGAUAGCACUUCUACGUAGUUUUCAGUUAAGAUAUUUGGGAAUCAGAUAGAAAAUGGGCUACAGAAACUGAAAAUGCAAUUUUCCAAAAAUCAUGCUUUUUUUUUGGUUCCCCGUUAAUAAUGAGACCAUGUUUGUGACUCGCAAUUCUCUCGGGUUAUAACAGACCCAUGCAGUGUUUACAGAAAAGUCUGUUGUAACAGUACUUGGAUUUUACAUACUGCCUUUACAACAGACCAAAAUCCUCUUCACUAUGAAGGUCUGUUGUAAUGAGGUUAUACUGUAUGUGCAAAAAAAUAAUAAGUUAUUUGAUGCUGAAGUUGUAAUCAUUUAGUGCAGUCUUGAAAGAUGAUGCGUCCUCUAUGCAGGCAACAGAGUGAGAAAGGUGUUCUACUCGGCACUUGUCUCUGGAAAAAAACAAAGUGUGCGAAAAAAAAAUUUGUGCAACAAAAACAAAUGAAAUUUUAAACUUAAUGAGUUCCUUUUAAGUGAGUUACUUUGGUAAAGUGUUUUUAGGAAAAGUACAGAUAAGAAAUUUUUAUUUGAAGGUGCGAAUGAAUGGGACAGAGGUCUGAUUUCGUUAGUGAAAUGCUACAAUAAAACUGGUUGGGCCUAGUUGGUACAUAACUUUUAAGGUGAAAACUUAGGCACAGACCAGGAUGAACCACUAAGAAGAGAUGAGACAAGUACUAGAAAUGCUAGCUAUGCAGGAAUACGUUGAAUUAGUGAAACACCCUGACCCUUUUUGAACUGGCUAAUUGGCACCUGCUAGUGUUUUUUGACCAGGGUCCCAAGCAGAUGUUGCAUACUCUAGCUUG